CGGUCACUCACACACAGACACUGCCAGACAGGCAAUCAACACACAACACAAUCCUAUUUUCCUUUCCCCUGGUUUUUCUUUUGGCUCCCUAUAGAAAGACAUGGCUGGUAUUACAUACCCAGCCUGCCCCACGAGCGGCAGAUGGCACUUACCGUCUUCCUAAAACAGCAUAAAAUAAAAGAGAAAGCAAUAGCCCUGCAGCUAGCAACAGUGCAGAGCUUUUCAUUCCACCCAGGGAGGUGGAUUUUCUUCCUUUUGACCUCGCCUUGGAAUUUUGUUUUCUUUUCACUGUAUUUUUUUUCUUUGAUGAUUUCCUGCUUUUGCAGUAUUUACUGGUCAGUCUGUUUUAUUGUUUCCCUCCCUCUCCUCGUCUCCCUCCCUCUCUCCUUUGCCCCACAGUAGUUUCCCUGGCUCCAUCUCCCUGUCCCUUGGGAAUCCUGCUGUAUUAUAGUACAGAUACAUAUCAGCUCAAGUCAGGGCGAUACGAAAUACGGGGAUACGAAAACAAACGUAACCAUGGGAUGCUGUGGGAGCUCACAGAGCUCUAAACGAGAUUGGCGACCUCUGGAAGAACACAGCUGUACCGAUAUUCCAUGGCUUCUGUUGUUCAUUAUUUUCUGUGUUGGAAUGGGGUUUAUCUGUGGUUUUUCAAUUGCCACUGGAGCUGCUUCAAGACUAAUAUUUGGCUAUGACAGCUAUGGGAACAUAUGUGGACAGAAGAAUGUCAAGGUCGAGGGAAUUCCAAACAGUGGUAUGGACCAUACCAAGCACAAGUAUGUUUUUUUCUUGGAUCCUUGUAAUUUGGACCUUUUAAACAGAAAGAUCAAAUCUAAAGCACUUUGUGUGUCUGAGUGUCCACGGCAAGAGCUAAAAACCAUAAAUGAUGUCAGACGAUUUGCAGAAAAAAAUGGAUCAGCUCUUUGUGAGUAUGAGCUCUCCCCUUCCGAGUAUUCUGCAUCUUCCAUGUGCCCAAAGCUUCCAGUACCAGAAAGUGCACCUAUUCCAUUCUUCCAUCGCUGUGCUCCUGUGAACAUUUCCUGCUAUGCCAAGUUUGCAGAAGCCCUGAUCACUUUUGUCAGUGACAAUAGUGUCCUACACAGGCUGAUUAGUGGAGUAAUGACCAGCAAAGAAAUUAUUAUGGGACUUUGCUUGUUAUCACUAGUACUAUCCAUGAUUCUGAUGGUUAUAAUCAGGUACAUUUCCAGAGUGCUUGUUUGGAUCCUUACUAUCUUGGUCAUCUUGGGAUCACUUGGAGGCACUGGUGUUCUCUGGUGGCUGUAUGCUGAUCACAGAAAGUCUUUUAAAGAAGAUCUCCCAGCAGACCAGCUUCAGAUUUCCAAAGACAAUCAACAGGCCUUGCUUAUCUAUGCCAUCGCUGCCACAGUCUUCACUGUUAUCCUGUUGCUUAUCAUGCUGAUUAUGCGAAAACGAGUUGCCCUCACUAUUGCCUUGUUCCAUGUGGCUGGGAAGGUUUUCAUCCAUCUCCCGCUGCUCGUCUUCCAGCCCUUCUGGACCUUCUUUGCUCUGCUGUUGUUCUGGGUGUACUGGAUCAUGGUCCUGCUUUUUCUGGGAACCACAGGUGAUCCUGUUGUGAAUGAACAAAAUAAUGUGGAAUUCCGGAUCUCUGGCCCUUUGAAAUACAUGUGGUGGUACCAUGUGGUUGGGCUCAUUUGGAUCAGUGAGUUUAUUCUAGCGUGCCAGCAAAUGACCAUUGCAGGUGCUGUUGUAACGUAUUACUUUACCAGGAACAAGAGGGAUCUCCCAUUUACUCCCAUAUUGGCCUCUGUUAACCGGCUUAUUCGCUACCAUCUUGGAACAGUAGCCAAAGGAGCUUUCAUCAUCACAUUGGUGAAAAUCCCACGCAUGAUCCUCAUGUAUAUUCAAAGCCAACUUAAGGGAAAGGAAAAUGCCUGUGCACGCUGUAUGCUGAAAUCUUGUAUCUGCUGCCUGUGGUGCCUUGAAAAAUGCCUCACAUAUAUAAAUCAGAAUGCAUACACCGCUACUGCCAUCAACAGCACAAACUUCUGCACCUCUGCAAAAGAUGCUCUUGUUAUUUUAGUAGAAAAUGUUUUAAGAGUUGCCACCAUCAACACAGUGGGUGAUUUUGUACUAUUUCUAGGAAAGAUUCUGAUCGUCUGCAGCACAGGCCUGGCAGGGAUUUUGCUGCUUAACUACCAGAGAGACUACACUGUGUGGGUACUUCCACUCAUAAUUGUCUGCUUGUUCGCUUUUCUGGUUGCUCACUGCUUCCUUUCAAUCUAUGAAAUGGUGGUAGAUGUCCUCUUCUUGUGUUUUGCUAUCGACACAAAAUAUAACGAUGGGAGUCCUGGGAAGGAGUUCUACAUGGACAAAGUUCUCAUGGAAUUUGUGGAGAACAGCAGAAAAGCCAUGAAGGAGUCAUCCCAUGGGGGCGGAGCCGAGGGCAGGGAGCUAAAACCGAUGGCUUCGGGAACAAGUUCAGCUUGAAUCUAGCCCAGCAAUAUUGGAUCUCAUUGACAUUCCAAAACAAACACAAGCAGCCAAAAUCAAUGCAGGGUUCAUAACUUCCGGUUUAUAAUUAUAUAUUCUUUUCACUUUGUUUUAUUUGAGUUUCUGCCAGCAUCAUUACUAUUAUAUCUUAUACAUUUCUUUGUGUCAGAGGUCUAGCUCUAGAAAAAGGUCUCCAAUGAUUUAUCCGAUACAAAUUUCUCAUAACUGAAUGUGGACAUUGUUUUUCUUUUUUCCCGCUUUUUUUCAAAGGUUUGAUGCUUUAAUAUGAGGCAAUUUUUUACACCCCAGCGAAGCCUCUGUGCUCUGUUAAAUGUAUCCGUUGUAUAUUACAAGAGAGUGCAGGUACUUCUGUUCUUUUUGGUAUAAAUGUACGGUAACUUCACAAUUUGACCUAAUGAGGGAAUAUAUCUAACUGUUUUGUUUCUUCUGUUAUGUGUGAUCAGUCCACGGGUCAUCAUUACUUCUGGGAUAUAAC